AUGGUUACUUAUAACGACAACUCCUCUGCUGGAAAUUCAUCUGGAACCUCUUUGGACUCCAGAAGUCUGAUUCCUGCAACAGUGCUGUCCAUCUGCUUCCUGCUGGGAUUCCUUGGAAACAUCGCUGUGAUGAUUCUCAAGCCAAACUGGGAGAACAUGUCCAGUCUGAGCCAGAGUUUGAUGCUGAACCUGGCUGUGUCAGACCUGCUCUGCAUGCUUACCAUUCCACUGUGGACAUACUCUGUUCUCAAUAGUUGGACCUUCGGGGUUGAGGCCUGCAAGUUGGUAACAUACCUUGGCUACUGCAGUGUUUAUGGUAGCCUACUGACUGUGACUGCAAUGAGCAUCCAGCGUUACCUUCAGGUGGUGCACUUUGAGAGGAGGUUACAUGAAGUUGAAGCAUGGCAGCUGUUGGUUCCACUUAUCAGCAUUGUUGUGACUGUUUUUGUUCUACGUGUGCCAUAUCGUGCCAUGAAUAUUGUGGAGAUAGCAGCUGUUUCCCUACAUAACAAGCCCGUGAUGAAGUUUUGUGAGGACACCUGGAAUGCGUUUGCCUCUGUAACAUUUGUAAACGGUGCCGUGAAUCCGCUCAUGUAUGCCUUUACUUCUAAUCAUUUGUUCACUCUUUGCCAAAAAAGUGCUAAAUAUUUAAUGGAGAAGUUCAGAAUUCUCCAAAAGCUGCCUGAGUUAUCAGAUAUCACUGCAGAAACUGCUCAGUGA